UUUCUUUCUUUCUUUCUCUCUCUCCCUGAAAAACACACUCUCUCUCUUUUAAAUAAGCUUCUGUUUUUCUCUCUACAUUUCUUUGAUUCUGUGACUUUUUAGCUUCUCUUCUCUUCUUUCUUUUUCUUGUCUGAAGCAAACUGACACUUCUGUUUUGAGCUCUAUAGAUACAUCUUCACUUACACUGUUGACAUUCCCGAGUUGUGCCAUUUUCUGUGCUCCUAUUAUGGAGAUUUUUUUGCAGAAAAUGCAAUUGUUUUAAAUCGAUUUGUUGCAUUCAUGGCAACUAAGUUGGUGUAAACGUGAGAGUGUGUUGCUGAUCAAGGGGUUGAUCUUACGCUAGGAUUUGUGGUCAUUUUCAUGAAGUGUUAAAAGUAAACAUGCGGUCAUGGUGGGGGAAGUCUUCAUCCAAAGAGGAAAAGAAGAAAGCAAACAAGGAAAGUUUCAUUGAUACAAUAAAUAGGAAAUUUAAGAUUACAUCAAAGGAAAAGAGCAACAAUAGAUCAGGAGGAUCUCGGAGAUGUUGUAAAGAUACUCUUUCAGAAAGGGUUUCUUUGUCCCGCGUUCCAUCAAGAUCACCAUCUCCCUCCACACAUGUAUCACGUUGUCAAAGUUUUGCUGAAAGGCCUCAGGCUCAACCACUUCCACUUCCACUUCCAGGGGUGCCUCAUACUAAAAUUGGGCGCUGUGAUUCUGGAAUUAGUGCUUCAGUGAAACCAGGAUUGGAUGGAGGGGGCAAACCAUUGCAUCUUUUGCCCCUACCGAGACCAGGACAUGUCCUUAAUAGACUGGACCAAGCAGAUACAGCAGGGGAUUUAGCCACUGCCUCUGUGUCCAGUGAUAGCUCCAUAGAUAGUGAUGAUCUGCCUGACUCGCGUGUCCUUAGCCCUUUCACGUCGGACUAUGAAAAUGGGAACAGAACUGCUGUGAACAGCCCUCCAAGCGUGAUGCGACAGGAUCAAUCCCCUAUCAUAAAUAGAAAGAACUCAAGAGAAACUCUGAAACAUGCUAAUUUACCUGCAAAUAAUCAGACCUUGUCUACACCACCAAAACGGGCAAUUUUUAGCUCUCAAGUGCAAAAUUUACAGAUUCCUCAUCGAGUAGCAUUCUUUAGUGCUCCAGACAGCUCAAUGUCAAGUCCUUCUAGAAGCCCAAUGAGAGCAUUUGGCACUGAGCAAGUUAUCAACAAUGGUUUCUGGGCAGGAAAAACUUACUCAGAUAUUGGUUUACUAGGAUCUGGACAGUGCUCAAGUCCAGGUUCAGGCUAUAAUUCUGGGCAGAACUCAAUAGGUGGAGAUAUGUCAGGACAGCUUCUUUGGCCAAACAGUAGAUGCAGCCCUGAGUGUUCUCCAUUACCUAGCCCCAGAGUGAUUAGCCCAGGUCCCAGCUCCAGAAUACACAGUGGUGCUGUCACUCCUCUGCACCCACGAGCUGCUGGGGUUACCAUAGAGUCGCCUACAAGCCGGCCAGAUGAUGGAAAGCAACAAAGUCACCGCUUGCCCCUUCCACCGAUAACAAUCUCCAACACCCAUCCCUUUUCUCCUACCUAUUCCGCCUCAACAUCUCCUUCAGUGCCUCGAAGUCCUAGUAGGAUGGAGAACCCAACAAGUUCUGGUACACGCUGGCAGAAGGGUCGUAUGCUUGGGAGAGGCAGUUUUGGAGAUGUAUAUCUCGGGUUUAACAGAGAAAGAGGUGAGAUGUGUGCAAUGAAGGAGGUAACUCUAUUUUCAGAUGAUGCAAAAUCAAAGGAAAGCGCACAGCAGCUGGGACAGGAAAUUGGGCUUCUGAGUCGCUUACGUCAUCCUAAUAUAGUGCAGUACUAUGGAUCUGAAACGGUGGAUGACAAAUUAUAUAUAUACUUGGAGUAUGUGUCUGGUGGCUCCAUCUAUAAACUGCUUCAAGAAUAUGGCCAAUUUGGUGAAAUAGCUAUUCGUAGCUAUACUCAACAAAUCCUGCGUGGGCUUGCUUAUUUGCAUGCUAAAAAAACUGUCCACAGAGACAUUAAAGGGGCUAAUAUUCUGGUGGAUCCCACGGGUCGUGUUAAACUGGCAGAUUUUGGGAUGGCAAAGCAUAUAUCUGGGCAGUCUUGUCCAUUAUCAUUCAAAGGAAGCCCUUACUGGAUGGCACCUGAGGUGAUAAAAAAUUCAAAUGGUUGUAAUCUUGCUGUUGAUAUAUGGAGCCUUGGGUGCACUGUUUUGGAGAUGGCAACAACAAAACCACCUUGGAGCCAAUAUGAAGGGGUUAGGAAAAUCGAAGUUCCUGCUAUGUUUAAGAUUGGAAAUAGCAAGGAACUUCCAGAGAUUCCUGAUAAUCUGUCAGAUGAUGGAAAGGACUUUGUGAGGCAGUGUUUGCAACGGAACCUAUCACAUCGCCCUACAGCUGCUCAACUUUUGGAGCACCCUUUUGUGAAAAAUGUUGCUCCGAUGGAGAGGCCGUUUUUGUCCCCAGAGCUUUCAGAAGAACUGCCUGCAAUUAUGAAUUCAGGAAGAUCAAUGGGAAUUGGACCUGCAAGAAAUGUUUCAGGCUUUGACUCAGAAGGGAUUUCUAUGCAUCAAUCUAGAGCCACAAAAAUUGGUUCAGGGAUCAGUGAUGCCCAUAUGAAGAACUCAUCAUGCCCAGUGUCUCCUAUCGGGAGCCCUCAUCUAUAUUCAAGAUCCCCGCUGAAUUUGAGUGGAAGGAUGUCUCCAUCUCCUAUAUCUAGCCCUCAUACUGCAUCUGGUUCAUCCACGCCUCUCACUGGUGGUUGUGGUGCCAUCCCAUUUCAUCAUGCAAAGCAGCACAUAAUGUACUUGCAAGAAAGCAAGGGAAUGGUCCCUGGGUCCCAAAGUAGUUUCUAUCCCAAUAACAACAACCUUUAUCAGGAACCAAAGCCUGACCUAUUUCGAGGUAUGUCACAAGCCUCUUGUGUUUUCCGGGAAAUAAUUUCAUCAGAAAACAGCAAUCCUGGAAAUCAGUUGGGAUGGCCUGAACUCUAUGAUGGGCACCCUGUUUUAGCUGAUCGUGUGUCCCAGCAGCUCUUAAGGGAUCAUAUGAAAUUGAAGCCAUCCCUGGACCUGAAUCCAAACUCGUCAAUUCGUGGCCGUACCAAUGGAAUCUAAAGUCUUACUAUGCAUGAAUCCUUCAUCAGAAAAAUCUUUCUCAGUUUCUAACUCCCAAUGCAUCAUUCAUUUUUUUUCAUUCUAAUCAAGGGGAGACAAAUCAAAUCUGUGUGCUAAAAAUGAACUCUGGACAAGUGAUUCCAGUAGGUCAGAUGUUUCGGAACCUUGAAGGGCAGGAUUAAUUUCUUGGAAAUGGCCUUGGAGUUUGGUUUCAGAGUUCCUAUGGCAAGUAAGCAGUUGGCUUAGAUAUGGGAGGACUCGAGUAUGGAAAUGUGGCAGCACGUGCAAGUUAUUCCACUUGUGUCUGUGAAGCUCUUUACCUGGCAGCUAUAUAUUUCACUGAAGUCAGUAACUAGGUUUGAUUUCCUGCCAGCUUUGUUGACCCGAAUUCGUGUGCAAACUAUUCCAUGAAUGAAGAUUUUGAUUAUUCCAAGAAGGUUACCUUCUGAGACCUAUAUACAUCAGCUCCUCACAUUCAAGUAUGUAACUGCUAGAUAGACUGUAGAUUUAUUAUACUUGGAGUGCAAAGCUACUACCAUUCGUGCAUUUCACAUCCUUUUAUGUUCCUUCUACUAUUUUUUGGGUGGAAGGAUGUGGUGGGAGUUGAAAACAAAUAUUGUACAGAAAGAUGGGAACCAAGUUGGAAGUCCAGAUUUUGUCAAGAUAACAGUUGAGAACUUGCCUGGCUUCGCCUGUGCCUUUUCUUUUAUCAGUUUAUGGUAGCUCAGUGUAAAACUUCUUGUGGGCUGUCCAGCUGAUAUUCUUGUAUCUAAUGUAUACGGUUAUACCUUGAAUCAAAUUAAAGAAAUCUAAUUCAACC